AUGGCAGGUCUCGUCGAGAAUUUUGACCGUGAGGGGAGGCUGUCGCGCGAACAACAGCAUCCACAGGUCCUUCAGUGUCCUCAAUCCAACGAUCUCUCUCGGUCGCACUAUGGCCCGUUAUCGGGGAGUGCGGGUUUUGAAUACACGAACAAUACAGACCUCGACAGCUUAACGGGCUUCCAGACAAGUCCCGAAUCCGUCGCGGAUGAAGAUGACGAUGCAAGUUUCCAGGAGCAGCAAAUAUCCUUCCAUAGAUCCAAAGUUGCCGACGGGUUAUCGCACGGAGAGUGGGACGAAGCGGAAAAUCACUUGUCGAUUUUGCUGAAGGAUCUGAAUAUCGAUGAAAAUCCCGAUAUGCAGAUUCUACAGGCUAUGACAUACAACUCCAAGGCACGAUGGCAGGAAGCUCACGAUCUCCUCAAGAAUUUCAAGCACCAGUCGACUUCGGAACCGGAAAUGUCGGCCAGGGCGUACUAUGCAAAAGCGGUGGCGUUGUAUAAACUCAGAGACUACGAGGCAUCUCAUACGAAUUCUAGACGAGGCCUCGCCGUGGUCGAGAAAUUCCUCACGGAAGACACUCAGCAGAAGUACAAAUCUGAAUUUGGUGCUCUUGCUGCUCGUACUCUUGAGGAUCUGGGAAACACUACACAGGCCGCUAAAGCGCAAUAUUACAAGUCGUUGAUCCAUGAAUCUCAUACCGAAGACCCUAUCUUACUAGUCACAACCGUCUCACAGUCCUCAACCCCCCCUACGACUGAGGAAUCCGAGGCUUCCAAAGCUAAGCUCAUAGCUGACAUGCAAAAAUACCGUCUCUCAUUUGGUCAUGACGGGAAAAUCCUGGUUGGUCGCCAAAAGGAUAUCUUCUACGCCCUAAAGGCCGCCUUGGAUUCCGACAACCUUCCCUUGAUGACUAUCAUCUGCUCCAAUGAUUGGUGUGCGACCCAGUCCCUACGUGAGUCACCGAUAUACUAUGAUCUUGACCCACCGAUGCCCCAGUACGCCUGGCGGGCAACAACCCUCCUCCAUGUCGUCUCAGGAAGCCAUUCGAAGUACUCUGCACCGAUGGCCCAACUACUUCUCGAUAGAGGUGCAAACCCUCAAACCACAUUAUUCGAGGGCAUUACUCCACUACAUAUCUGUGCCCGUCAAACCAACGCAGAAGUUGCAUCCGUUCUCAUCAAGAAUGGAGCAAAUAUCGAAGCUCGGAGUAUAACCGGGAAGCCUCCGAUUCACUUUGCGGCCUGGAAGGCAUCUUGGAAUGCUGAUGUCAGGAUCCUGAAGAUGUUGAUAUCGGCUGGUGCGAAUAUCAAUGCGAAGAAUUCGGGAGGUUACACGGCGCUACAUUGGUGUAUGUUUGAUGGGAGGAGUAGCGCACCUAUCGAGGUUCUGCUUAAGAGGCCAGAGAUCGAUAAGUAUGUGAGGGCAGGGAAUCAUAAAACACCGUGGGACAUCUUUUGGGAGCACGAAGAGGAGUUUAUGGAGAAAGGGGAAGAAAAGAGAGUCCAAAUUCUAUAUACCUUAAAGAGGUAUGGGAUUACGAGAUGA